UGUGAGAAAGUGCUUCAGUUGCACAAGGUACUGAGAUGUUGUGUUUGUUUGCCGCGGCCUGGAAUUAGUGUUACUUUGAUGUGUCACUCUGGACGUUGGCAUCUUAAAAAAGGGACAAACAACUCAUUCUACGCAACGAACGUGUCGUUUAUUCAAUUCGGUUGAGAUAACGUUAGCUUUCUUGUCACGACAGAGGAAGGAGAUCCUCGCUAACUAGCACUGAAGUUAACGUUAGCAGCGUCGAUGAAAUGAUGGAUUGUUGGCCAGCUAAUGCUCCGUGGCCAACACCCACGAGAGUAUGUUGUCACUAUAAUGACUGAUAUUAUAAUUAAUCUGUCGUCGUCGCGCGGGUUAUUUUUCCUAGUUUGUGUGUUGGGUAUUUGCUCGUUUUUUCCACAGCAAAUGUCAGCAUUAGGCUAACUGGGCUAAGUUACAUUUAGCAAAUGACUUGUUUCGUCUUUCAAAGCUGACCACCCUUCUUUAUGACGAAAGUGAGCGGUUAAUGAAGUGGCUGCGAUGUCUGCGACACGUUUACACCUAGUUGAACCAGGGACGGUGAACCAGUGAGUGAGACGCCACCUGAUCCAGCAUGAAGACCCCCAGAUCCAGAGUCUUCUUCUAUGCCGGUUUUGUGGUCGGAACCCUUGUGCUGCACUUGUUUUUGCGGCAGAUAUGGUAUGAAACGAGUCGGACAUUACCACAAACCUACAGCGAUGACAAACACAUUGACGACCAACACCAGACUGUGGAGGAAGUAAAGAUAUGGAAAAAGGAGCGGUCUGCACUUUUCAACCUGCAGCACCCCCAUCACACAGGUGAGGACAGUAGCAUGGCUGAUGAUCUAUACAAAAAUGUGCGCAUUCUUUGCUGGGUGAUGACUGCACCCCAGAACCUGGAGAAAAAGGCUCAGCAUGUGAAGUCUACGUGGAGUCGUCACUGCAAUGUUUUGGUCUUCAUGAGCUCUUUGGAUAACCCCGACUUUCCCACUGUGGGCUUAAAUACGGCAGAAGGUCGGGAUCAGCUGUACUGGAAAACAAUCCGGGCCUUCCAUUAUGUCUAUGAGCAUCAUGGUCAUGAGGCAGAUUGGUUCCUAAAGGCAGAUGAUGACACCUACGUUAUUGUAGACAACUUGCGGUUGGUUCUUGCGAACCACACACCGGACGAGCCAAUUUACUUCGGCAGAAGAUUUAAGCCCUAUACCAAGCAGGGCUACAUGAGUGGAGGAGCAGGUUAUGUGCUGAGCAAAGAAGCUCUACGGCGAUUUGUAGCAGGCUUUAAAAGCAAACUGUGCACUCAUACUACCUCUGUAGAGGACCUGGCAAUGGGGCAGUGCAUGGAGAAAGUUGGGGUGCAAGCAGGAGACUCUAGAGACACAAGUCACAGGGAAACAUUUCACCCCUUUGUCCCUGAGCAGCACCUCACGGCCAAGUUUCCCAAGAGCUUCUGGUAUUGGAGCUACUGCUACUACCCCAUCGCAGAGGGGCCAAACUGCUGCUCAGACGUGUCUGUGUCUUUCCACUAUAUAGACAGUUUACAUAUGUAUUUAUUGGAGUACUACACUUAUCACCUGCGUGCCUUUGGAUACACAUACCGUUACCAGCCCCCGGUCCCUAAAGUCAACAUUAUUGAGAAGUCGGUUCCCCUUGAUGACACAGAAGGACAAAAGGAUUUUGCUUCUCAGGUGAAAGUUGAAGGAAAGGGGGAUGAUGUGUCCAGUAUUGAUAAGAAAGAGAAUGCAGAUCAACCUCCUGCAGCAGGUUCAUCAGUGGACAAACAGUAGGACUGUGUGGGAAGGAAACUUUUUAAUUUAAUUUUUUUUUUUUAGCUCAUAAAAUUAAUCUCGGCUCAUAUUUUUACAUAAGUAGAAAAAUGAGUCCACUUGAAUCUGAAGAGUCUCCGUGCAAAAUGCAUGAGCUGGACGACUGAUGACUAUCUCCACAAGUGACUGCGAAAUUAAGGAAAGUCCGGUUCGUUUGGGUAGGUGUGAAUGCGCAACCGAAACACAUACGUGCGUGUAGAGCGAUAGCCGGGAGAAAUGACGGAUGCAGCGCCUAUGUUUUGCUCUUAUGUGGAGCAAACAGAAGUUGUCCUGCCUCAACCAACAGAUGAGCGAGUUUUCUUGUUCAUUGUUGUCUUUGUCUUCUCAUUCAGUAAUUCUUGAUGCAGCGCCGCCUCAGGCGAGGAGGGGAUAACGUUAUUCAAAAGAUUUGGAUUGUUUCACGAAAGUGCAGCUUGAAAGCAAAGUCGGAUCAACUGGAGUGUUGCAAUCCCCAAUUGAACCGAGUCCCCAAUCGUACCGAGUCUAGCGAAGACCAUUAGGUGGGAAAACGACCUAAGAGGCCUGACUUAAGUUACUUGUUUUAAAGUUAAUUUUAAAUGUUAAAGUUUGGUUAUCACAGCUGUUUUCUUGAAAAGGUUGAGCUUUGUGUUGGUUGUGACAAUUUGAAAAGUAACUAAAUCACCUUCUCAAUCCAUAGCAACAAUAAUUCUGUUUUAAGAAAGAAGUUAGUUUUAAUUUUACCAAUGUUUUGUCUUACCGGUUUUCUUGAUUGCCACGGUAUCGCCGUAACCUAACUGAACACUUUAAACAACUUGUUUUCACACAGAGAGAACUACAUGUGUCUGUAGAUAAAACCCAGACUCUCUGCUUCCAGGUUCAGAUGUGAAGGGGCCAGACGUUGUUAAGACGUAGGGCUACUUAUUUAAUUCUCUGAAAACUAUAAUAUUAAACUGAACAAUGUGCAUUUACCGGUAUUUAACAUGCCACCCCACUUAGUUUCUGUGUUAGUCUUCUGAUGACCAAACAUGAUUCAGCCUUAAUCCAAAAUAUUUUACACUUGAUUGAUUGUAACGUUACAAGAUCAGAUUUGUUUCAGUGCAACUAUUUUUACUUUAUUUUUAUGUCUCAGAUACUUAAAUGUUUCCAUUACAUUAUUGAACGACUCUGGCCUGUUUUCUUUAUUAAUCAAGAAUUUGUUAAGUUUAAGUUGAUGUAAAAUAGUUUUUUUAAUUGGAUAUUUCCCCCCCAGCCCUAAUCAAAAGAAUAAUGAAUAAAAUUAGUAUAAUUAUAUAAUAUAUUAAUAAUAUAAUAUUAAUAUAAUUAUACCUUCUGACCACAGUAUUUAAUAAUUCAACUAAACCAAAAAUAACUAAUGAUAUUUUUAUAGGAAAAGGUUGCUUGGUUUCAAUUUGAUCUAGGUCUAAUACAGAUGCAUCAUAACUGAGCCAAAGAUUCCCCCGUGAGAUGAGACCAGGCAGAGUUAAUGCAGUGAAUGUCGAUGCCUCUUUUUUAUGUUAGUAACUGGUGUAUGUUCACUUAUCACAGUCCUUGAUCUGAUCCUUCCUUGUUGACACAACUUCAGUUGGAGGAGAAGAAAGGGAAUGAAUGAAAAUGCAUCGGGCUUAUGUGGGCCAAGCCGUUCUCUAUCACUUAGCUCCAACCUCACAAUGUGAAAAAGCACGUCUGUUAAGACUGCUGUAGAAACAGGGCUGCACAAGAUCGUGUAACGCAAGCCCUUUGCUCAAGGGCCAACAAAAAACACACUUAUAGGUAGUUUAUUUAAUUUCUGCGAGCAAACCCACCUUAUACACACUGGACCUUUUGAAAGUAAUCCAAAUUUGUUUUUCCGUAGAUUAAAUUAAUUUUCAAUUAACUAAAUUAAUUAUUAGUAACACCAGCAAUUGUCAAACAGGAGACGACCGACCCACCAGUCGGUCACACUCCUUUCUUUCCUACAAUUCCACGGCACCUGGAUCUCAGUCUGUACCUCCCAUGUCCAGUGUACACCUUUCACAUCCUACUUCUUCCCACAGUUUGUGCCUUGUAAACUGAGAUCGUGUGAGCCAACAGCUCAACACAUGACUUUGCACUGUGACGUUAACCAUGAUGAGACUGGUACUUUCUGAUGGAGUUAAUUGAAUCCUUCCAAUGUAAUGAAUAUGGCCAUUGGAUUACUUGUUUAUUACUGACCAAGAUUUUUUUUUUAUCAUAUAUAUACAAAAAACAUGUUUUCAGCAGUGUCGUGCAUGUCCCAAGCAGGUCCAGUCAUCUAUUAUGUAGUUGUAAUGUUGCAUAUAUUUAAAAGUAAUACCAGUUUCUUUUCUACUUUGUAGUUGAACUUAAAUCAAUGUGAUGGGUGAUACCGUAAUUACCAAAUACAAUAAAAGGAAUUGAGUGAUGUAAAAGUGCUGUUUUACUUUUUAUCCACUUUAACCUUUUAAUCUCCUUCAAUGUUAUACUUACUUAAGCCCAGUCAGUUUUCUUUUUAAAUUCAUACACACCUUAGUUUUCAAGUUGGAUAACAAAACUCAUUUUUGGUGGGAAUGGACAUGAUGAUUAUUGAUCCAUUGUCAUCAGUGGAUCACUUAUGUUUUUGUGUGAGUCUUGGUGACAGCCAUACAACGAAUCUCGUCCGUGACAAUCUUCUGUAACUUUGAAAUUUUAUUAAAGGGAAAGGUGUGCAUUUGUGUAUUUAUAUUUGAACUGUGUUUGUGCUGACAUCUGAAUUGAGUCAGUACUCUACUGUGAGUAUUUGCGCACACAUAGCCAGUGUGCUGGGUUGUUUUCUGUGAAGGCUGAUGAAUCGCAAAAAUAAAUACAGUAUUUUAUUGUA